AAUUGCAUGUAGAAUCACUUGAUUAGUUUUGUUUGCUACACUUUCUACCGUAGGUGAAAGAAAAAAUUUCCCGACCUUCCAAACCAAAAUAAUGGGUGCAAAAGGUUCUAGCCCACGCACGGUGCAAUUUGAAAACGAUUCACCGGCCAGUGUAAUUGAUGUUUCGGAAGCUGUUGUCGAUCGUCUAAAGGGAUUGCAUACCAAAGAUGUUGCACAGCAAAAAGAACAUGAUCGAAGAGUAGCAGAAGCAGCUGUGGCCGCAGCACGAUUAGAAUGGGAAAAACAACAACAGCAAUAUCCAAAACAAUCAAUAACACAAGCUGUUCCUGUACCCGUUCAAACAAUCAUACAUAGCGGCGGUUCAACCAUAUCGGCAUUGGAAAUUCGUCGUCAAAAAGAAGAAGAAUUACGCAAAAAUGAUGAAUAUUGGCAGGCCCGUCUUAAGAAACAAGAAGAAGAUCUCAAGAAGACCGCUUCGAUUUUGGAAAAGGAAUACAAUGAAACCUUCAAUGAAGUGCGUAGCCGUUUUGAGAAUUCAGCUCCACAAUAUCAAUUGCCGCCAUGCAAAGAUGUCAAAGCAAAACUAGUCGAAUGCUACAAAGCAAAUCCACAACAAACACUUAACUGCUCGAAUAUUGUAGCCGAAUUUGAAAACUGUGUACAAAGCCAUCGUACAAAAUUGUUGAAUGAAAAAUAUGCUGCGACCAAACAACCAAUUGCUGCCGCAUCAUAAUUCAGUUUUCAUUGUGUGUGAUUAAAAUCCUGUUUAAAAAAAAUAAUAAUACAUUUGUUGAAUCUAUUUCGCAAUCAAUAAUAUGGAAAAUGAAUCGAAAAUUCUAUUGUGUUGUGGAUGAAUAAUGUUGGUUUGAAUUGAAUUCAGAUGCAACCAACAUCCGAUUAGAAAGUUAAAUUAUUUAAAUCAAUGGCAGUUUUUAGCGAAAUUUAAACAACAGUAAAAACUCUUGACCUUUAUUUAAAAAAGAAAAUAAAUACGCUCUAGGAAUACAACAAACCGUACAUAUAAUAUAUAAAAAA